AUGGGAAUUAAAUACGACGCGGGAGCUCUUGAAAGUAGUAAAGUUCAGAUCGCUUGUAUUCAGGAGACGAAAUGGAAAGACGAGAAGUCGAAAGAGAUCGGACUAGGCUAUAAACUGAUUCACUGUGGAACACUAAGCGUAAGAAAUGGAGUCGCAGUGGUACUGAAUGAAGCGUUCAAAAAGAGGGCAUUCGAAGUCAACCGAAUCAACGACAGAAUCAUGGGCGUUUAG